GUCCGUUUGAUCCAACAGGCAGUAAAUCUCCUCCGCAUCUUCUUGUUUUUUUUUUUUUUCCUAACUCAGCUUAGAAUCGAAUAUCAAACUGAUUAUCUCAUUCCCAAUUUCUGACGUCGAUGAACUCACAAAUUCGAAGUGCACUACUUUGUCAGUGAUUACUAACAAGUUCCCUGUUCUUUGAGCCCUACAAUUACAAACGGCACGUAAUUCCUUCACACAAAUGGUAACAUCUUCAAAACCCUAAGCCCUAAUUCGUUCUCAGAUAUGAAAUUGAAGCACUCAAUCAUCCUCUAAUCUAAUGGCUUCCAUUUCGACACUCCAAGUCCUUCCCUUUCCGCUCUCACAUUUGGUCUCAAAGCAUCGAACCCCUUCCCUCCUGCUGAAGCUUAGACCCGAAUUCGGGUCAAGAAAUGGUGAGCUCAGCUGGGCUGGACGAUUAAUAUCCAGUCAGAGGUUUCUAUUGAAAGCCAUUGACGGCUCGGUUAGCUCCUCUGCUGGUCAAGACCAGAGUCUCCGUAAUGAUGGGGUAGUGAAGAGUAAGAACAAAAAUGGCAUAAAUCUCAAAGACUCUGUUGGCAAAUUGCACGGAAUUAUCAGCUCCUUCUCUCCCGUCGUCUACUCGAUGCGGCAAAGAGUGGGAUCCAAUUUGGCAAUUGGUUUAUGUAUUGCAGCUGCAUUUUUGGUCAUUGCUUUGAGAGUGUAUGCGGUGAGGAAAUCAAAGUACAAUCGUCCUGGCUCUGUAGCUGAUCUCGUUAGACGUGGCCAGCUUAGAUCUGAUAGAAGAGGCAUUUCACAGCCUCUCAAGUAUGAUGACCCAUUCAAUAAUCCAUUGGUUAAGGUUGGUAAAGGCAAUUCAACUGUAGAGAUGUGCGGAAAGGUUUAUCGCCUAGCCCCGGUUACCCUUACAAAAGAGCAGCAAGCUGUCCAUCAGAAAAGGAGAUCACGGGCUUACCAGUGGAAGAGACCGACAAUAUUCCUAAAGGAAGGGGAAUCAAUACCUCUUGAUGUUGACCCUGAUACGGUUAGGUGGAUUCCUGCCAAUCAUCCUUUUGCAACCACUGCCGGUGACAUUGAUGAAGACUUAGCACAAAAUAAUGUGUACCAGAAACAUGGUGUUCCCUUUCGAAUUCAAGCUGAGCAUGAAGCACUGCAGAGGGAGCAAAAGCUGAACAGGCUAGUGAUGGACUCUAGCAAUGAUAGUGAUUUUGUGAAAGCAUUCAAGUCAGGUCCCAAGUCACCUGAGCAUGGAGAAGAAAGCCCCAUCAAUAAUCAAGCUGGUAACUCCAAGCCGCCGUUGUCAGAAUGUGGCCCAAAUUCCUUUGGAAUUAUGUCGCCGUCUGAGGAAACACAUGAUUGAAUUUAAUCGUUGCUUCUAUUUCUAUCAUUGUGGAUCAUCAAAUUUCUCAACAAGGACAACUGGAACUCUGAGUUUUACUUAGUAGGUCCAGAUAUCGUAUUGAAUUGCAACCUAAAGUUUUGAAAUAUGAUGUAGCUACUUGAGAUAUCCGGUUUAAAAAGUUCAGGUUGGGCUGUAUAUAUAGUCAUGUAAUUUCAUAUCUAAAAUGUACUGUUUGUAGAGGGCAAUUUAACACUCCAGAAUGGUGUACCCCUUACUUUAUCUGAUUUUUUAUAUAUACUGAUUUUAGUUCUUGAAA